UACUACGGUGAUAGAGGACAGUGUUUAAAGUGUUACUUAUCUUGUAAAAGUUGCUCUGGGCCCAAAAGAAAUCAGUGCGUGACUUGUCCAAAGGGGUGGCAGUUAGUAUCAGGGGAAUGUCAUCCUGAAUGCCCAGAUGGUUACUUUAAAACAACAUAUGGUUGCCAAAAGUGUCACCACUUCUGUCAUACAUGCAAAGGUGAAGGAUUGAUGGAAUGUACAUCUUGUCCACCAAAUUCUAUGCUUCAUGAAGGAAAGUGUAUAGCCUGUUUUGAAAAUCAAUACUAUGACUCUUUGACGCUGUCUUGCCGAAACUGUCAUUUAAAUUGUGGUGAAUGUUAUGGCCCUGAUGAAAAAAGUUGUUUGAGUUGUACAAGACCUUUGUAUUACAACCGACUCACUCACCAAUGCAGUCCAUGCUGUAGUUACAAGCUACAUGAUAAUGGCAUGGAUCAGUGUUGUGAAUGUGAUCGAGACAAUGGUAGCUGCAGGAGUACUUUUCCAACAGAAAAACGAAGAACCAUGGGAAAUGAAUACUCAUCUUUAAAAAAUGAAAAAAUAAACAUUGAAUCAAAGUUAAAAAAGAAAUCGGAGCUUACCGCUCAAUCAACGGAUCUUGCCAUAGUAGGGGUUACGAUAAUGGCAAUUACCAUUUGUGUUGUUUCUAUUGCAUUAUUCGCUACACUUUUUAUUGCACUUUUAGUACAAUGGUGUAAUCGACGUAGUAUAAGAAAAUAUGAUUCAACAUUGUGACAGUCUUGGAAGGAGUGUUUAUUUACUGGUUUAAGCUGGUGGCACUCAAAAUCUUGGUUACUUCGAAACUGUUAUAAAUUUAGUGUAAAUGAAAUUUUGUUAUAAUACGUUUUUGAUGCUAAAUCUAUUAAUAUUAUGUACAUAAAUAGGUUCACACAACAUUAUUUCAUACAGUGUCAUCUUUUUUUAAUUUUUC